AUGGGCGCUGAGCGUUGCUCGCAGAUGAGAGAACUUCUGGCCAACUGGCCCUGGGCUGCCGAAUUCGCCAGCGUGUUUGGCUUCACACUGCUCCUUGGGUUUGGGCCAGUCGGAAUCGGUGCUGGAUCUCUUGCUGCCGCCUUCCAGUCAUACAUGUACGGCGCCUUCACCCCGGCAGGAAGCCUUUUUGCCACGCUCACCAGCUUCGGUAUGCGGGGGCUCAUGGUGCCGGUUGCCGCUGGGUGCGCUGCUGUAGCCACGGCCGCGUGGGCUAUACUCAAAUGGGCGUGGAGCUGGGUUGGCGGCGCGUUCUCAUCUAGGUCUUAA